CUCUCUCUCUCUCUCUUUCUUUAACACAUACAAAGAGACCAUCUCCAUUAAAUUCACUCAUUUUACUAUUUGUAGUUGCAGAAAAACAGUGGACUACGUAUAAUGCUAGACAACCCCCCUUGUUGUACCCCCACUAUAUAUAACUCUUCAAACUCAUAUGUGUACAUGCAUAUAACUCCCAAUCUCUAAUUUUUCUUCGGUUUAUAUAUAUAUAUCUCCCAUAUAAUCCACAAAAUAUUAGUCCUAACUCUCUCUCUUUCUCUCUCUCUUAUAUAAUCAAAAUGGAGUUUCAACCCAAUACUUCUCUUCAUCUAAGCCUACCUUACAACAUUGACAACAAUAAUAAUGAUCAGUAUCAUGAUCAUGAUCAUGAUCAUAAUCAUCAUUUUAACCUAAAUCUUGUUCUAGAUCACUCAUCUUCAUCUUCCUCCUCCUCUUCUCUAAGUCCCUCCGACCCCCCCAAGGUGUUCUCCUGCAACUAUUGCCAGAGAAAGUUCUACAGUUCCCAAGCUCUCGGGGGUCACCAAAACGCUCACAAACUAGAGAGAACUUUGGCCAAGAAAAGCAGAGAGCUAACCUCAGCUCUGACCAGGGUCCACAACGGUUCAUCAUCUGCAGGCCUCAACCAAGGCCCUGCCCGGUCCAGUAGCACUGGCAGUGGUUCCGGUCUGGCUCGGCAAAGCCAUCAGCCACCGCACACAGGAACCUGGCCCGUACUUGACCAACACCGUGGAUACUGCUACUCAAGUCGAUUUGGUGGCGAUCGUGAUCAUGAUCAUGACAUGAUCUAUGGGAACAGUACUUCUAAUUGGUCUUCAAGACCUGAUCAUCAGCUUCAUCAUCAUCAACAUCAUGUCCAGGAAGAAAUUGCUCAGCUUGACUUGUCUUUGAGGCUUUGAGAAAAAAAUUAUAUAUAUGAUGGAUCAUCAUCGAUUGAGUAACAUAAUUGUUUAGUGUUUUUUAUUAAAUGCGAUUUUCAAUUUUCUGA